GAGGAUGACCAAAAUGUUGAGGCGUUUAUCAUGAAGUAUGGAGCCUUAAGUAUGAAAAGGUACAAGUAUUGUGAUAUCAAGGAAAUGACAAACUCCUUUCAAAUUAAAUUAGGAUAUGGUGGUUUUGGAACAGUCUUUAAAGGAAAACUAUCUGAUGGUCGACUUGUAGCAGUAAAAGUUUUAAAUACCACAAAAGCAAAAGGACAAGAAUUCAUUAACGAAGUUGCAAGCAUAGGUAGGACGUCUCAUGUAAAUAUUGUUACUCUCGUGGGAUAUUGUGUCGAUGAUCAAAAAAGAGCACUCGUAUAUGAGUACAUGCCAAAUGGAUCACUAGAUAAGUUUAUACAUGGCCAUCUACCUAUGAAAACAGGUGAACACAUAGGAGUAAAAAAGUUGUAUGAAAUAGCACAUGGAAUAGCAUGCGGUCUUGACUAUUUGCAUCGUGGGUGCAACACUCGGAUUUUGCAUCUUGACAUAAAGCCACAUAACAUCCCCCUUGAUGAAGAUUUUUGUCCCAAGAUAUCAGAUUUUGGUCUUGCAAAGUUGUACUCAAGGAAAGAGAGUAUUGUUUCUAUGUUAGAGGCUAAAGGAACAAUCGGUUAUAUUGCCCCCGAAAUUUACAAUAAAAACUUUGGUGGAGUUUCCCAUAAAUCUGAUGUGUAUAGUUAUGGUAUGUUGUUAUUAGAAAUGGUAGGUGGAAGAAAAAAUAUUGACGUUGUCGUAGGUUCUGGGCGAAACAGCGAGAUAUAUUUUCCUGACUGGAUUUACAACCGCCUUGACAAUGAUGACUUCCUGUUAGAUAAUCUAACGACCAUAGAGGAAAAUGAUUAUGCAAGAAAGAUAACGAUAGUUGGUUUAUGGUGCAUACAACCAGCUCCAAAUCAAAGGCCAUCCAUUGAUAAAGUGAUUGAAAUGUUAGAGGGAAGAAUGGAAGCAUUGGAAGUUCCACCAAAACCGAUAUUUUCUUCUCCUCCACGAUCACCAGCUACCAUAUAUAGCACAUCAGAAAGCAUCACAGAGAUAACAUAA